AUGAUGAAAGAUACUAUCAGUACACCCUUCGAGCUUGAAAGCUCUUCUUUCCAGACUCCGGCCGCUGUCGUAUCCGAAGGCAUCACUUCAUUUGACUUUGACAAUCGCAUUCACUAUGAUCUAACUCCUCCUGGGGAGAAGGCCGAGCCUGAACAAGAGGUAUUCCCAAUCACGGAUCCCGUCUCCGUCACAACUCAGCCUCUGGUAGCCAUCAUUGGUGUCGGCUACGUUGGACAUCACCUUGCUCAAGUUUUCUCGCGAGCGUAUAAUGUCCUUGGAUACGACAUUUCCGAAUCUAGAACUCGUCACCUGAAAAAGACCUUUGAGAGCAACAGCAGAGUGAGGUUUUCAUCGUCGCCAUCAGAAAUGAGCCAGGCCACACAUUUUCUCAUAUCAGUGCCAACGCUGCUGCUACCAGACAAGCGCAUCGAUUCAUCGUUUCUCCGUAACGCACUGUCUACAGUUGCCAGGAUCGCGCGGCCAGGAUCAACAGUCAUUAUCGAAAGUUCCGUCGCCGUCGGGAUGACCCGUGAAUACCUCGGACCACUCGCCAGGAAGAACGGACUCUUUGCUGGAAUGUCGCCCGAGAGAGUUGAUCCCGGCCGAACAGAGCCUCCCGCACACGCCAUACCCAAGAUCAUCUCCGGCCUUGACGAUGAGGUCCCAGGGUCGCUGGCCGCCAUACACAAGCUCUACUCGAGGGUCUUCGACCAGGUGACUCCUGUGUCGAGCCCAGAGGUGGCCGAGAUGACGAAACUAUAUGAGAACUGUCAGCGAAUGGUGUGCAUAGCAUAUGCAAAUGAAAUGGCCGAUGCUUGCAUCUCGCACGGCAUUAACCCGUUUGAAGUAUGCAAUGCGGCCGCGACCAAGCCUUUUGGCUAUAUCCCACUUAUGCCUGGUCUUGGAGUAGGAGGCCAUUGCAUCCCAGUCAAUCCCUACUACCUGCUUUCCAAUAACAGCUUCCCAAUUCUCCAGGCGGCAUCUGAGAAAAUGGUAUGCCGCCCCAGGGAGAUAGCGGAGCGAGUGGUGACGAGGCUGUGCAGACGGCUGCCCUUUUGUCGGCCACGCAUCUUGGUGGUUGGUAUGGGCUUCAAACCCGGACAGGCUCAUCUGAUAAACUCCCCCGGAUUGGAAUUGGCAAGGAACUUGAUCCUGGCGAACAAGGUCGAAGUCAGUUGGGUCGAUCCUCUUGUUUCUCAAGACUCCAUCCCUCAGAUUCCCAGGUUCGACGAAAAGGACUGGUCCGUCGCGUCAUUAGACGUGAGCUUUGAGUUGAUAAUAGUUGCCUUCAGACAUAGUGGUUUGGAUUUCGAGCUGCUGGGAAAGCUGCGAAAUGUCGAGGUCGACAUGUGGUGCCCUUGA